AUGCGCAUGCGUGGGAGUUCGUCCAUCGGUAGCUGUAAGCCGCGAACUUAAGGCCACCAGCAUGUGUUGAUCCUUUCCUCUGUGCUUCUUGCCUGAUAGUGCAGCACGCCAAGGCCGUCUUCGACAGCGUCAUCAGCGUCAUCGCCACUACUAGGUCCACAAGCGUCCCCUUUUUCGGCUGUAAGGCCAGUCAUCGAGACUCUGAAGGAGGAUUCCUGGACGACGCAAGACCAUGCCGUGCUCGAGAACAUCAUCACACCUCGAGUCGUGCUUUGCUCCGUCUCGGACUUGGUUGAGCGAGUGUUCGAAGUCGUUCCGUCACAAUUUCGCGUCAUGUCGCACCGCGCUCGCAAGUCGGGGGGAAAGCCUAGGCGAGGACGGCACCAAGAUGCGCAAGGCUCGCUCCAAUACCGCUUCCAACAAGAGCAGCAACCUGCAAACGUGUCGGAUCCGAUGCGGACUGCGAGUUGGGUCGAAGGUGUCGCACGACAUGUGAGUAGAUAGACAGCCAGAGGUGGUCUUACGAGGGUUCGCCUGCCGCCAUUCUAGUGUAGAGCGCUCAACUUCCUCUAUAUUGUCGGUGCUCCCCCUUCCUUUCCUUACCCCGUUCUUCUCCUUGGGCCUACCAGGCGCGCAGCUACGACGCGCGACCGCGCGAGUACAGACUCUCGGUCGCCACCGCCCAGCGACCCUGUCGUCGCGGCGUUCGCACCGAGCUGAAGCCUCACUACGGUAUGGAUUCAACAGCGUCAGCCGGGCAGCAGGAGGUGACUCGCUUCUUGACCUGCAAAGCGCAUCUUCAUCCGUUGGGCAAGGUGCCCCUGUCGUGGGAACACGCCCUCGGUGUUUUCGCCUUUGGACUUUCUGCGCGCUACUGGGGAAACCCUGGCGAUGCGUGGGCUCCGGAGUUGGUGAAAGUCGUGCUCGACCUGGAGGCUCAUCUGCUAGCGCAACCGACUCGACAAUUUGCGCCUGGCAUAGCCAUCAACAAGAAGCAUGCCUAUCUGGUCGUGUUGGAUCACGAAACGUGUCGCGUCGCCCCUAUCUCGCACUGCUGGGGUCGAGGCUUUGGCCAGCUUGCGGCGGUGCUUUCGGUCCUGCUUGACCUGGACGUCUAUACGGCCGGGUUCUUCCCCUUUUCCCGCUACAGGUGCUAUGGUAAUAGUGAGCGGACGAUCAGAGACAGGGGGGGGCUGAUUGCUAUCGAAACGCAGAGACCGAGAUGCCGAAACCGAGAAACACGCAGAUAAUGAAACCGAGAAUGACAGAUUCGCAGAAAUGACCUCUCCCCAAGUGGUCCACCCCUCCGAAAGUCGCCUCCCUCCAAAGUCGGUCUGAGUCGUGUCUAGUCUAGUAGUCCAUCUCCGAACAAGAAGCGAGUCUUCCCUCCAACGCCAGGACACUCCAAUCCCCCCGGGCCAGCUUCCUCCUCUUUUCCGACACUCGGCCUUCUGAUCACGCCAUACUUCGUCCUGAUCACGCCAUUCCUUGCUCCUGUCACACGGUCCCUUGCUCUGAACUUUUAUCCGCUCAUGUGACGCUAGGCCGAGUUAGCCGAAUCUGCGCUUCCCGACUAAGCGACUCCAGCCCGAUUUCCGAGACCACCGAAUUAGCCGACGCCCGCGUGACCCGAGUACCCUAAUGCAGCCGACAAGAUCAGGAGUCCCAUCUCAUUUCCGACAACAGGAGCCUUAUUUCCGACUUUGCUGCACGCGACGGGAUCUCGAGUACCACAGUGCGAAGCCGCAAGUGGUCUCGCAGCCGUCUCACUCCUCACGGCCGUCUUCGGGUCACCAUUCGGGCGCACGGUCGAAUUUAAGGAGGAGCCGAUCGAAUUGGUGUCUUGUGCAACUACGAACGGCGAUUCAGUCUUCGCACAGUGCACGACGGUGUUUCAUCUCACCCGACCAAGCUUGCAGCAGAAUGGUGAUGACUCAUCUUCGUUCGUGCUCAAAAUGAAGUACGUCAAUCCGAGCUCUGUGAACACCGAGGUCAAUGUUCUUCGCGAGAUCAACGAAGCGCUCGAAGAGGGCAGACUGCCGUCCACCGUUGCCAAGCAUCUUGCGGUGCUUGAGCACUCCGCAUCUCCCCCGCCUCCUCGCUCACAGGUCGACGAUGAAUGCAUGCCGGCGGAACCGUUGCCUAAGGUGUAUUGCCGGGCGUGGCCGCCUUACCCAGAAGUAUCUCGACGCUCGAUAGAGCUGCUCAUCUUGCGCAAUCCGACGCCGAUGCCGACGCCAAUGUGGGCCGUCACACCGACUUCGGUCAGCACUACUCGGACGGCGUCGUUUCGUCAGAUCUUACAAGUCUUUGACCAACUGCUAUCGGUGCUCUUGGCACUUUUCGACCACAACUUCCACCACCGAGAUAUCUGUAUCCGCCACAUCCUUCACCGUGAAGGCCACCUCGUGCUCGUGGACUGGAGUGCUGGUAUCGUAGCGCCCUUAGGAGACGCGGUGCUCAUGGGGGCCAUGGACUCGGUCAUCAUGAGGGGAGCACCUCGGUACGCCCCGAUAGACGUGCUCUGGUGGAACAUUCGUCCGGAUUUCGAUGCUCCGCGUAGGUAUGAGCUCGGGCACCCACUCGAGUCGUGGAUAUACUGUUUCUUGGAUAUCCUUUCGUGCCACAUCUCGCCAGGGGACAAGAUAUGGGACUUGCUCGCUUUCGAGACGCCCGCAGUCAGGGAUAUGGCGGAUCGGUGGGGGCGACGAGUGCGACUGUGGAAACAGGGUCUCAUGCUCACCUUCUUGGGCUGGCGAGAUCGACUGUGGCGAUGA